AUGAAUGCGGAACAGUUUAAUUUGUUGUUGCAAGCUGUGCAAAAAUCAAAUGACGCUUUGCUUGAGGAGCUUCGGUUGUCGCGGACACAACAACAAAUUGAUGCGCCUUCUUCAACUACAGAAGCAGUUUCGUCAACAUUCAGGAAUCUAUCUGACUCAAUGCUGGAGUUUUGCUAUGAUCCUGAAAAUAAUGUUACAUUUGAAUCAUGGUACAAGCGUUAUAAAUCAGUUUUCGCUAUAGAAGCAGCACAUCUCACUGAGCUGCUUCUAUGGUUCGAUUGCUCACUAGAACCCCAUGAGCUUACACUCAUGCAAACGGUUGCCAAACUCUCGUCUAUUUUCGGAUAUCGCCAAUCAAAAUUUUCUCAGCGCCAAAAAUGUCUUACAAUUUCAAAACAGGAUUACGAAGACUUUGCUCUGUACGCAGCUCGCGUCAACAAACAUUGUGAAAAAUUUGACAUCGUUAAUUGCACUCCCGAUGAGUUUAAAGCACAAAUCUUUGUUAAUGGCUUGAAGAGUUCACACGAUUCGUUAAUACUUGAGAAACUCCUUGCAAGACUCGACAAUGAAUCAACACAGUUUGGUGCACUUCAGACACAGGCGCAAAAGGAUGCCUUCAUGCACUUAACACUUCAAGACCUCACUAAUGAAGCUGAACGUAUAAUCUGUCUGAAGCAAGACAAAUACACUGUUGUCCAGCCAUCUUCAAGUUCAGAAGUUUUUACAAUUCACCAUCGAUAUCAACGCAAAAAUGAAUCAUUACUAUCAAAUUCUUCAACUAAAGACGAAUCUUCGAAACCACCAACGCCAUCCAAUCAAGUUGCGGAAAAAAAAUCUCAGCCUGACACAUCAUGUGUAAAGAAAAUUGACGAAACUAACAGAACGCAGCAGCAUCGUAGGUAUGUCAGACCAAAUCUCAAUGGAUCUACAAUUAAACUCCAACUUGAUACCGGGUCGGACAUAACAAUUAUUUCCAAAUCGAACUGGACCAAACUUGGCCAGCCAAUCCUACAAACUACUAAUAAAAAAGCUGGCGAUGUUUCUGGAAAUGUAAUUCCUCUUCUUGGCAGCUUUGCUUGUGUUGUGAACCUAAAUGGAAGAGAGGAAUAUGAUGUGUGUUAUGUCACACCACUUAAGUUGAACGUGUUUGGAAUUGAUUGGAUAACGACAUUUGACUUAUGGUCAGUGCCUAUCAGUUCCUUUUGCAAAGCAAUCCAACUAACUAGUUGCGAUAAGUUAAACGAUGAAAUAAAGGCUAGAUUUCCGUCUCUCUUUUCUAAUGACCUUGGCUGCUGUACGAAGACCCAAGCGACUCUGAGGCUAAAAGAAGGAGCGCGACCCGUUUAUCGUAACGCUCGACCAGUUCCAUAUGCAGCAGCUCCCAUAGUUUCGGCAGAACUUGAACGUCUUCAACAUCUUGGAGUAAUUUCACCAAUUGAAUACUCACAGUCAGCGGCGCCAAUCGUAGUUGUAAGAAAGAAGAAUGGAAAAAUUCGUAUAUGUGCCGAUUAUUCUACAGGUCUAAAUGACGGUCUAGAGCCAAAUAAAUAUCCUCUUCCAACGCUUGACCAAAUAUUCUCCAAACUCGCUAAUAAGAAAGUCUUUAGCACAAUUGACCUAUCAGAUGCAUUUUUCCAGAUUCCAGUGGACCAAGAAUCUCAAAAACUGAUGGCUAUCAAUACUCACCUCGGCUUAUUUAAAGUACUUAGACUGCAGCAAGGUGUUAAAACAGCCCCUGGCAUUUUUCAACAGAUUGUUGACACAAUGCUUAGCGGAACCAAUACCAUUGGGUUUAUUGAUGAUAUGAUCUGUUCGGGAAUUAAUGAAGAAGACCACAAAAUUCAACUGUUUAAAACCUUAGAGCGUAUUCAGGAUUAUGGAUUCAAACUUCGCUUCGAGAAAUGUAAGUUUGGAGAAACAUCUGUCGAGUUCUGCGGACACACGGUAGAUCAAUAUGGUAUCAGACCACAUCCAGGGAAACUUCGAUCAAUCCAAGAUCUCCCACCACCAACGAAUUUGCAACAAACACGAGCAUUUUUAGGAGCUGUAAAUUAUUAUGGGAAAUUCAUUAAAAGUAUGAAAAGCCUUCGCGGUGCUUUAGAUGAACUUUUAAAAAAAGAUAAGAAGUUUGAGUGGAAACAACAUCAUAAUGAAGCAUUCAACAAGAUUAAAAAUGUUUUAGCUUCUGAUCUAUGUCUCACGCACUUCGAUCCAGCAAAGAAAAUAAUUUUAGCUACUGAUGCUUCAGAAUACGGUAUGGGUGCAGUUCUCAUGCAUCAAUUUAAUGACGGAACGCUUCACCCAAUUAUGCACUACUCAGCUACAUUCAAUGCAGCGGAGCGGAAGUAUCCUCAAAUGCACAAGGAAGCUCGAGCUCUCGUGUUUGGAUUAAAAAAAUGUCACUAUUACAUUUCUGGUCGUCGCUUUACCAUUCAUAUCGACCACAAGCCACUUCUUGCUAUAUUCAACCCGAAAAAUGGCAUCCCGUUGUUUACAGCAGCUCACCUGCAACGUUAUGCAACCACUAUUCUGUCAUACGACUUCUCUAUUGAAUACAUAAAUACUGACAGCUUUGGAUAUGCCGAUAUUAUUUCUCGACUAAUCGCAAACCAUGUAAAACCUGAUGAAGAUACCGUCAUAGCAUCUAUACAAUUAGAAGAAGACGAGGACCUGAAAAUCAAUUGUUUUGCGGUAGAAACAGCCACCAAACUUCCAAUCACUUUCACUAAUAUUCAAACAGCAACCAAAGCCUGCCAUACUCUCAAUAAGGUCACGUUCUACAUUCAAAAUGACUGCUGGCCUCAAAAGAGAAAACAAAUCACAGAUAAUGAAGUAGCGGCAUUUUUCCAGCAUCGACAUCAUCUUACGAUCCAACAACAGAGUAUUUUCUUUGGUGAGAGAAUUGUUAUUCCCAAAAUUUACCACCAGCAAGUCCUUGAAGAUCUCCAUAAUGGACAUCCAG